AUGCAGACGCUGACCGAUGAGAUGAUUCUUGGAAUGAUCGUACCAUUCAUUGGCGAUGCGCAAAGCUUGGCUCGAUUGAGCAGCGUUGACCAACGGUUUCGCAAGAUGCUGAUUGAAGACACCGAUACUUUGCAACGGAUAAUUGAUGAACGAGUGGACGUGUCGCUCUGCAAUAAUGAAUGUUCUACGCUACAAGAGUUGGGAUUGUAUCAGUGUGCUUUAAAAACAGGGCUCUUUGAUGAGAACAGGAUCGGCUUUGAUUUUGCCAGUACAGAUAUUGACGACGAUGACGGAGUGGCGUCUUUGGUGGAAGGAUCCAUGAGACGAGUGGACGAUUUGGCCAGCAUACUGUGCCAGUUUCAAGACGCUAGACUGAUUAUUGAAGCUCAUUGCGGUACUGCCGCGCCGUCGACGAUCGCCCAAGGAUUCUCCAGAGCUCGGGGACACGCUGUUUGUAUGGAGGUGUGUGUUCAGGGUCAGAUGCGAUUCUUGGAAGAUCGCAUCACGGUGAAUCCGUGGGGGAAAAGAGUCUCUUCUAGGGCGAGAACAUCCGAUCAUAAGUACAGAGGCUUGGCGCGAGAAGGGAGAGGCUGGGUAGAGGUUUACUUGGCAAUGGACGACAUGGAGCUUCCCCAAAGACCUUCCUAUUAUGAUGGCCUGCAAGUGAUGGAUGCUGAAGAACGCGGGGUUCCAAUGAUACAUAUUCUUUGGUAG